UCACAGGUGAUGGAAAAGGACAAUACAAGUUCUUUUGAAGGCUUCAUCUUGGUGGGCUUCUCUGAUCAUCCCCACCUAGAACUGAUCCUCUUUGUGGUUGUCCUCACUUUUUAUCUGCUAACUCUUCUUGGCAACAUGACCAUUAUCUUGCUUUCAGUUCUGGAUUCCCGGCUGCACACACCAAUGUAUUUCUUUUUAUCCAACCUCUCAUUUCUAGACAUGUGUUUCACCACAGGUUCCAUCCCUCAGAUGCUCUACAACCUUUGGGGUCCAGAAAAGACCAUCACCUAUCUGGGAUGUGCCAUCCAGCUCUACUUCGUCCUGGCUCUGGGGGGGGUAGAGUGUGUCCUACUGGCCGUCAUGGCAUAUGACCGCUAUGUUGCAGUCUGUAAACCUCUGCACUACACCGUCAUCAUGCACCCACGUCUCUGUGGGAAGCUGGCUUCAGUGGCAUGGUUGAGUGGCUUUGGCAAUUCUCUCAUAAUGGCACCUCAGACAUUGAUGCUACCCCGCUGUGGGCACAGGCGAGUGGACCACUUUCUCUGUGAGAUGCCAGCACUAAUUGGCAUGGCCUGUGUAGAUACCAUGACCCUUGAGGCACUGGAAUUUGCCUUGUCAAUCUUUAUCAUCUUGGUGCCACUUAUUCUCAUCCUCAUCUCGUAUGGUUACAUAGCACAAGCAGUGCUUAGGAUCAAGUCAGCUGCUGGGCGGAAGAAAGCCUUCAACACCUGCAGCUCCCACCUCAUUGUUGUCUCUCUCUUCUAUGGUACGAUCAUAUACAUGUACCUCCAGCCAGCAAACACUUAUUCCCAGGACCAGGGCAAGUUCCUUACUCUUUUCUACACAAUUGUCACUCCUAGUGUUAACCCCCUGGUCUACACACUGAGAAAUAAAGAUGUUAAAGAGGCCAUGAAGAAGGUUCUAGGGAAGGGAGGUGCAAAAGCACAGUAA